AACCGCCACCGUGUUAUGGGCGUGCGCAACUGCCUCGACGGCAAUAAUAUGUCAGGACAACGCAAUAUCCCCCUUGAACUCGGCGAACAGCCCGAGCAACCACCUUUGGAGGCCCCAGGGGCAGCUGCCCCCGGUGCUGGGCCUGGCGCAGCCGAAGAGAUGGAGACCCCACCGCCUCACAGCGAGCCCGUCCCCGUCGAGAUUGAAGGCGAGGCCUGUGGACCCCCAGAAGUCUCCAGGCCCAAGUUCCAGGACCUCAGCCAGGCCAUCAAGGAAGCCGGAGCCCAUGGAGGCUACAGCCCACCUCCUGAAGAAGCCAUGCCCUUCGAGGUCGAGCAGUCCAGCUUGGGACGCUUCUGGCCUACCCUGGAGCACCCUGGAGACACCACUGGGGCCCAUGCAGGCCUUGAAGCCUUCAGCCCACCGAUCGUGGAGCCCAGAGCCUUCGGUGAGGCCGGGUCAAGCCUGGGAAGCUACAGCCCUCCCCCCGAAGAAGCUAUGCCCUUUGAGUUUGAGCAGCCUGCGCAGGGAAGCUGCAACCAACCUCUCUUGCAGGUCUCAGACCUCGCUCCAGGAGGCCCACGUGCGGGGGUCUUUAGGGCUCCUCCCGAGGAGCCCCAAGAUCUCAGACCUGCAAGCGCACGCUUCAGAGGAGGAUGCAGCCCUCCCCGUGAGGAGGAUGUGCCAUUUGAGUUUGAUGGAGCAGGCUUUGGGGACGACAGCCCACCCCCUGGGCUCCCCCGAGCUAGCCCACAAAUCGACGGCCUUGGCGGCAACCAGAUCGCGGCAGUCGCGGCCCCGAGUGCGGUCCUCCUCGCUCCCGCCGCGAACGAGCCCCCCCUCUGGGUCCCAGGCAUCAUCGGCAGCCCAUCUCGAGAGGCUGUCAGACCUCCUCCACACUUCGCGGGCAACAGCCCCCCGAUGGAGAUCUCCGGACCCCCGCGCGAGAUUGGCAGCGCCCCCGUUGGGGUCGACGACGCUCCCGUCAACGUGGACAGCCCCCGAGUCGCGCCUGACGGCCCGCCCAUCAAGGUCUCCCGAGCCCCAGUUAAGAGAGAGCAAGCAGAGGGAGAGAGACCCCCAGUUGAGGGAGAAGCAGCCGAGAUGGAAGGAGGCUCAGCCGACGCUGCCGCGGAGAGAGGCAAAGUCCCUGAUCCCGGAGACGGAGCCCCUGCCGCCGGAGCAGCCCCUGACGCGCCAGCCGCCGGGGCAGCCCCCGAUGCUCCUGCCGCCGGGGCAGCCCCUGCCGGCCCUGACACGCCAGCCGCCAGGGCAGCCCCUGCCGCCCGGGCAGCCCCUGCCGCCCGGGCAGCUCCUGUCGCCCGGGCCGCCCCUGUCGCCCGGGCCACCCCUGUCCCCCGGGCCGCUCCCACCGCCUGGGCAACCCCAGCCUCUGGAGCCCGACCCAAGAUCAGUUUCCUUAGACCCCCCAGCCCCGAGAUCCAGGCUGCCGAUCCGCCUACUCCGCAGCCUCCUCGCGCAUAUGCCUGGCGGGGCAGGUCUGAGCGCAGCUGCUACCGCGGCGGCGACAACGACGACAUAUCGGUCAGCAGCGACAGCGGAGACGAAUCCGACGAUGGGACCUUCGGAUGCCACCGCUGGUUUCAGUCCAGGCGAAACCGCCGCCGCCAAAAGACCCGGCGCAACUUGCUCCGCAACUUCCUCGUUCAGGCCUUCGGAGGCUGCUUCUGCAGAUCCGAGAGCCCCCAGUCCAGAGGCUCCCUCAGCCCCAAGGUCAAGAAGGUUGCCCUGGAGGAGAAGCGCAGACAGACCCGCAAGGAAAGCGUGGAGAUGCGCGCCCAGAAGCGCACAGAGAAGAAACGCAGCAAACUCAUCGACAAGCAGCUCCAGAACGAGAAGAUGGGCUACAUGUGUACGCACCGCCUGCUGCUUCUAGGUGCUGGAGAAUCUGGUAAAAGCACCAUCGUGAAGCAAAUGAGGAUCCUGCAUGUUAAUGGGUUUAAUGGAGAGGGCGGCGAAGAGGACCCGCAGGCCGCAAGGAGCAACAGCGAUGGUAGUGAGAAGGCAACCAAAGUGCAGGACAUCAAAAACAACCUGAAAGAGGCCAUUGAAACCAUCGUGGCCGCCAUGAGCAACCUGGUGCCCCCUGUGGAGCUGGCCAACCCCGAGAACCAGUUCAGAGUGGACUACAUUCUGAGCGUGAUGAACGUGCCAGACUUUGACUUCCCUCCCGAAUUCUACGAGCACGCCAAGGCUCUGUGGGAGGACGAGGGGGUGCGUGCCUGCUACGAGCGCUCCAACGAGUACCAGCUCAUCGACUGCGCCCAGUACUUCCUGGACAAGAUUGACGUCAUCAAGCAGGCUGACUAUGUGCCCAGCGACCAGGACCUGCUGCGCUGCCGCGUCCUGACCUCUGGAAUCUUUGAGACCAAGUUCCAGGUGGAUAAAGUCAACUUCCACAUGUUCGACGUGGGCGGCCAGCGUGAUGAACGCCGCAAAUGGAUCCAGUGCUUCAAUGAUGUGACUGCCAUCAUCUUCGUGGUUGCCAGCAGCAGCUACAACAUGGUCAUCCGGGAGGACAACCAGACCAACCGCCUGCAGGAGGCGCUGAACCUCUUCAAGAGCAUCUGGAACAACAGAUGGCUGCGCACCAUCUCUGUGAUUCUGUUCCUCAACAAGCAAGAUCUGCUCGCUGAGAAAGUCCUUGCUGGAAAAUCGAAGAUUGAGGACUACUUUCCAGAAUUUGCUCGCUACACGACUCCUGAGGAUGCGACUCCCGAGCCCGGAGAGGACCCACGCGUGACCCGGGCCAAGUACUUCAUUCGAGAUGAAUUUCUGAGAAUCAGCACUGCUAGUGGAGACGGGCGCCACUACUGCUACCCUCACUUCACCUGCGCUGUGGACACAGAGAACAUUCGCCGUGUGUUCAACGACUGCCGUGACAUCAUCCAGCGCAUGCACCUCCGUCAGUAUGAGCUGCUCUAAGAAGGGAACUUCCAAAUUUAAUUAAGGCCUUAAGCACAAUUAAUUAAAAGUGAAACGUAAUUGUACACGCAGUUGAUCACCCACCAUAGGGCAUGAUUAACAAAGCAACCUUUCCUUUCCCUCAAGUGAUUUUGCGAAACCCCCUUUACCCUUCAGCUUGCUUAAAUAUUCCAAAUUUAGAAAGCUUAAGGCGGCCUACAGAAAAAGAUAAAAGAAAAAAAGGCCACAAACGUUCCCUCUCUCUUUAAGUAAGUAAAAUAACAGCAGCAAACAGAAAUAAAGAAAUAAAAGAAUAAAUGACAUAAAUGAAACAAAUGAAAUAAAUAUUGUGUUGUGCAGCAUUAAAAAAAUCAAAAUAAAAAUUAAAUGUGAGCAAAG